AUGGUGUUGCCCAUGCCACCUGUGAAGCUUGUGCAUACAGUUGAGUUGGCUUUCUCUGGUCUGGUGGACUACUCAUUGUUGGAGGUUGCUCUACUGGAUGUGCUGGGUGUUCAUGCUGCAGAUGUGUGUGGUGUGCAGCUGGCUGGGGACCGUCGGGCCUUGGUUAAGCUGACUGACGCUGCAGUGUACCGGGUUGUGGUGGACAAAUUUGCUGGGCGUACUGUACCAUUGCCUGGCACGGUGGGUACUGCUUGUGUAACGGACUUAUGCGUUCCAGUGACGUUUGUGAUGGUGCAGGGGCUCCCAUUUGUGUUCCCGGAGAGCAUGCUCUGCCGGUUCUUUUGGGGAUAUGGGAGUGUCCUCGCCUGUCGGGCGAUUGUGCUAGAGUCUGGCCGUCUCCGUGGCGUCCUGGUUGGUACCCGCAUGAUUACCAUGAAGAUGAGGAAGGUGAUAUGGUCGUCCAUGUUGCUGCUGGAGUUCAAAGUGCGGUGUUUUUAUGCAGAACAGGAGCGCACAUGUUUUUGGUACGGUAUGGCUGGACACGAGGCUGCGGGUUGCCAUAAUGGCACCGUCCUUGCCAUCGCUGUAGAUGUUGAUGCUUCAGUGGGACAUGACCCUGUUUUGUCGCCGGUGAAUGAUGUGCCAGAUUCUGGUGCACCUGGAAUGGUGUGUGCUUCUGACCUUGGUGUGGAGCCCUUGGAGGCGGAUGAGUUCUUGGAAGGUGGCCGCACCUCUCAUCGUCCUUCAACCUCUGCUGUCCCCGGGGGGUCAACCUGCACUCUCAGACGAAGCGCCGGAAGACGGCCAGGAGUGGUCGCUCCGGGGACCUGGGGCCUUUGGUGCAGAGGAUUUGGUCCUCUAUUGGAGGAGUUUGGUGUUCCCUCGGCCAUGAUCAGCUUGGAUUGGUCCAAAGCUUUUGAUCGAGUGCCAAUUGGGUUUGUUUUGCGGGUCCUGGAGAGAUUUGGUUUCCCGCCCCAGUUUGUGGGCUGGAUACGGAUGUUGUUGGUGGAGAUGUCUGGACUGUGGCGGCUGCCGGAGACGGUGGUUGUAGCCAUAGGUGGGAGGGCGGGAGCCAGGGCCGUGCUCCUCCACCACAGUCUCCGCAACACUGUCCACGCCCUCUACCUGGCCCUCGACCACGCCCUCUACCUGGCCCUCGACCACCCCUCCCUCCACCUGGCCCUCGACCACGCCUCCCUCCACCUGGCCCUCCUACAAGUCCUUCCACAACACGCUUACACAAAGCUACUCACCCGCGAAGAUAUCCUGGCAGCAUCAAGAGACGGGGGUGUGAGGGUGUACCGGCGGUGUCUGUACUGCAACAACGGGGACCCGGACGUCCAACUUCUCCACAACUUGAACAUCUACUCACCCGACCUUCUUUGGGACGACCUCUUCCAAGAACGAUUUGAAGACUUGAUGGGCAACAAGAUGAGAAUAGUAGCAGCCACACCCGCCUUCCCAUUCGUGGACUACGAGCGUGUCAGCGAGAACCCUGGAACAGCCGUCGUGCUGAGAGACUCCCUCGACGCCAGACUCAUCCGCAACUUCGCUGCCAAACUCAACUUCACUUUCGAUGUCCAUGAGGCUGUGAACCGCACCUGGGGAGUGGAGACGAACGGCACCUUCACCGGAACCAUUGGUCUCCUCCAGCGGGAGCAAAUGGACUUUUCCACUAUUACAGCUCCGACGGCAAAGCGCCUCAGGGUUGUAGAAUAUAUUAAUGGCUACCCUUCCGAACCCUUCACAAUAACCUCCCUCAAGCCAACACUGCUGCCAAAAUACCUCGCUUUUAUACGUCCAUUUGAAGGAGAGCUGUGGGUGGCGCUGGUGGUGAGUGUUGUGGUAUGGGGCGCGACGCUGUGGCUGCUGCAGAGGGCGUGGCAGAAGGUGGCGGGAGGCCGUCGUGUGGAACUCAGUACCAUCAUUCUGUACGGCUACGGAGCUCUCCUGCAGAACCUGCCCUCCGAACCCUCCACCACCACCUCUGGCAGGAUGUUGGUGGGUUGGUGGCUUGUGUCCUGCCUGAUAGUCACCACGGGGUUCACCUCGUCUCUGGUGGCGCACCUUACUGUACAGGGAAGGUCCCGGCCCCUGGAGACCUUCCAGGACCUAGUGAACCAGCCUGGCUGGAGGUGGGCAACUGAAUCCUGGAUGAUGACGGAAGCAAUUGUCGAUUACUUCGUGAAGCAUCCAAAUCCUGUGGUCAAUCAUAUUUAUCAUAACAUGGAGGUCAUGCAGGUGGAGGAGGCGCUGAAGAAGGUGCUGGCCGGGGGAUUCUCUUUCAUAGGCUUCAAGACCACCGGCAUAAUCACCAUCGCGGCUCACUAUACGGACUUAAGGGGCAACACUCCGUUCUUCAUCAGCAAGAACAUUCCUGUUCUUGCUGCCUUUGGAUGGUGCCUCAGGCAAGUUCUUGUCAUUAACGAUACGCUUCUCUCUGAAAUAUCUCGAAAUCAAUUAUUGUGCUGUGUUCAUGUUGGAACUAAUAAGUGCAAAACAUACAAACUUGAUGUUUAA